AUGAUUGGCAACGACAGAACGUCUUUAUUGAAAAUUCAAUUCACAACACAAAAUGACAAGGAAAAGUUUGAGUUGAAUGUUAAACCUUCCAUACCAGUGAGUAUCAAGAAAGGUCGUGCUGUUGAAUUUACUGUUGCUGUUUAUCCGCUGUGUACACUUGAGAAGACUAUUGACAUCACUUGUUCGGUCUUGAACAUCAACAAAGGCAAAAUAUCAGAAAUAAAAAUCCCAGUAAAAUUUGCGUCAGAAAUGUCGACAGCACUUGACCCAGACGAGUUGAAAAAAGUUCGAAAACUCAGAGAAGGAAGCUUUGGGAUUGUGUUCAAAGGAACAUAUCGAGGAAAUGUUGUUGCCAUCAAAGAGAUGAAGAAAAUGGUUGUCGCCAUUUAA